UAAAAAAUAAAAAUGCAGAUUGGCCAGACCUGCCCUCUUCUAGAACCGGGUAGUUCAGCGCUCCGGCGAUUCUCAGUAGAUGACUCUCCGUCUCUUCGCACAUUGCACAAGAGGAGUAAACUGGCUAGUGUACGCCAGUUAGGAGCCGUCCUCUAUUCCAAUAUCUUUCGGAGCUGUUGUUGACAUUCAACCAACACUGAAGGGAACUUGUCAAAAAAGUUAACAUUUUGGAUAGAUCAUAACGAGCGCAUUUACCCAAACGUGUAGGUCCUCGUUAAAGACUGUCCUCCCGGGAUGUUCGACCUAACAAAGGAAUGGAAUCUGUCGUUCGCCGGCUGCGGGUUCCUGGGGAUCUAUCACAUCGGAGUGGCCAGCUGCCUGUUGGAACAAGCGCCCUACCUCAUCAAAGGUGCCACCAAGAUUUACGGAGCUUCAGCUGGAUCCCUCUCCGCCUCGAUGCUCGCCAGCCAGGCAUCCAUAGCUAAGUGCUGUGAGGAUGUGAUCGAGACAGUCAAGGAGGCCCGGAAGCGUAACCUGGGUCCCCUCCACCCCUCCUUCAACCCGGUCAAGAUCAUCAGGUCGGGCCUGGAGCGUGACCUGCCCGCCGACGCGCACACACUCGCCUCCGGGAGGCUGUGUGUGUCACUCACUCGCGUGUCUGAUGGACAAAACGUCAUCGUGUCCGAGUUCAAGUCCAAGGAGGAGCUCAUCCAGGCACUGCUGUGUAGCUGUUUCAUCCCCAUAUACUGUGGCCUGAUCCCUCCAUCCUUCCAAGGAGUGCGUUACGUGGAUGGGGGAAUAAGUGACAACCUUCCUCAGUCGGAGCUGAAGAACACCAUCAGCAUCUCUCCGUUUUCGGGCGAAAGUGACAUCUGUCCACGGGACACCUCCUUCAACUUCCACGAGCUUCGUCUCACCAACACCUCCAUCCGGUUGAACCUGAGCAACAUGUACCGCCUCAGCAAGGCCCUGUUCCCCCCAGAACCCAAGGUCAUGGCAGAGAUAUGUCAGAGUGGCUACAAGGACGCCCUUCGCUUUCUUGAGGAGAACCACUUGCUGAAGCUGGAGUGUCCGACUGCCGGCCCCAACCCCAACCUAUCAGAAGCCGCCUGCUGCAAGCCCAUCGCCAUGGAAACAACAAAGAACUGGAUGUUCUGGCGGCUCCGCCUCCUGAGGAAGCAACACUGGUGGUUGGAUGAGCAGAUUGUUGAAAACCUGCCAACCCAAAUCAAAAAAGUGUUUUGUGAGGCGUGCCAGCAGAAGCCUGGUCUGUAUGCUCAGGUGUCCGAGAUGCUGCCGGUCAGAGUGGCCUCCUACAUGCUCCUGCCCUGCACACUACCUGUGGUAUCAGCCUACUCAGUGGGCAAGAGGUUUGUGGAGUGGAUCCCAGAGGUGCCUGCAGAUAUGCGUUGGCUAGCUGGGGUGGCUGGGGAUGUGGCUGGGAGCGUGUACAGACAGACCCGGAGAGGAGCACCAGCAGACAUAACCAGUGAUGGUUCCCUGAGGAAUUGCAUGAGCCUGCCCCUACCCCUGGACAGUGACGGACCCAGGGAGAGAGACUGUCACCUCUCCGGGUUCGCUCGUUCUGUUCUCAACUUCCAAAGCCAAUACUGGAACAUCCCCCCCCCCCCUUCCCACUGCUCCACCAGCCCCCACACGCCCAGCCCCUCCCCACGACAGAUCUGCUUCAGUGUUCAUUUUGGCACUCUUUUUUAGAUUCAUUCUAGUCUGGCAUUUUGACUAAAAUAUUAUUCAAUCUUAGUCACAUUUUUGUGAUUUGAAUAAUGAUUUAAUCAUUGUUAAAAUGACAAAAACAGAGCCAUUUUAGUCAACUGAAUGCACUUUAAUUUGAGUCAUAUUUUAGUCACUUCACAUUUGUAUUGCCUCAUUAGCCACAAACCACAUAUCCAUCCAGAGUUUUUAUGGGAGUAAAGUCAAACCAAAGAUUUUUAUAACUAACCCAAGAUGGACCAUAACUACUGAGAUGGUAGGCUAUUCAAGAAAAAAGUUGUUCUAUCUAACGUCCAAGCAGGAAAGCGUGAUUCCAGAUACAGUAUUUUGAUGUGCAACCUAAUCCAGUGAUUGUCAUGAAUUGCGAGUUGAUAUAUUUAUGAAUUGUGAGUUGUUAUAUUUUGUUAAAAUAGGUUUCCAGAAUUUUCGGAUAUUUUUUGUUCAAUAGAGAUGAAUUUGCCUAUAUCGUUAUGUGCACUAAUAUCAUAGACAAAUGUAUUUUGGGGCUUAUACACCACAUGAUAAAGUAAAAACUCAAAACACAUUAGCUAGAUCACUAAUACUAAAUAUAAUACCCACUGCUAGUAGCCAUGUAUUCAUCUAAAAGUAAAUGUAAUGUUUGUUGCAGUUGUAGCCCUGCUACCCUAUGCACUCGCAAUAGCGCAUUUCGCAGGCUUCGUAUCUUAAAGCCAUAUCUAAUAUUUUGAUUGUAAAAUAGUUGCUAUUUUUUUUAUUUAACUAGGCAGGUCCGCUAAGAACAAAUUCUUAUUUACAAUGCCGGCCUACACCGGCCAAACCCAGAUGACCAAUUGUGCGCCGCCCUACGGGACUCCCAAUCACUGCUAGUCAUGAUACAGCCUGGAUUUGAACCAGGGUGUCUGUAGUGAUGCCUCAACCACAGAGAUGUAGUACCUUAGACCGGAUUCGGAUAGGCAAAAAAUGGUCAUGUGAUCGAAUAGCUUUGGGAUCCAGAACUGUUCGACACACUAUUGACUCAAUCAUGUCUUUUGAUCACUCCACCAAUCAUAUUUUAUUCUACAGUACACAUUGUAAAACAUUUAACCAGCUCACCACCUCUGCCAGUGAAUUAUUGUUUGGAAAUGCACAUUUUAUAAAUCACUUCGUCUAGUUUUACCAGAUAACGUGUUAUCACUACCUACUUACCUACAGUACCUAACUACCUGCGUUCAGUCAAAUGUAGCAUUCAUGCCUCCUUCCCAAUGGACUGUUGACCUGAGUUGACGUUGACUUCCUUGACUAAGAGCUGUGUGUUUUCCUGACUACUAUUAGACAGGACCCUUGAACUGAACUAUGAACUACUGUGAUGAGCUGUGAUGUCAAGAAAUUUGAAUCACAAUAUCUCUCAAUGUUGACCAUUGCUUUUGAACAAUAACUUUAGGUGCAUAGGAUUCACAAUUUUAAUGGCAUAAUCAAAUGUCAAAUUUAAGUUACCACACUGCCCCAUUUAUAGUAGGGUACAUACUGUACUUGUAUUUAUAAUGUGUGUAACACUGUGAAAACCUCUACCUACUUGUCCCUAAGAUGGCAGGUGGUUAAGAUGUCCCUAAGAUGACCUAGUGGUUAGCGGUAUAUUUCUUAAAUAUACUUUACUGUUGUUAUUUCACAUUAAGGACCUUAUCUUAAUAACAAACACAACAACUGUUUUUAUGAUGUGACCUUUUGUGUUUAAAUAUACUGUAAGUAUUAAAAUCC